CUGGAGUCACAGUCUUUCUAUUCAGCAUCCCAGAACAAGCAAUACAAAGCAUCUUUCCAGAGUACUAAGGGGCAGAGAGAACAUAUCUCAGAAUGAGUCACUCUGGAUUAAGAUCAACAUCAUCCACCUCAUACCGCCGCACUUUUGGGGCUCCUGUUCUGUCUCCUGCAUCCUAUUCCUCUUCCUCUAGGUUCUCAACUGCCAGGCAAUAUGCUACCCCUUCUCCUGCUGCCUCUAGCCGUUCCUCAUCCUCAGCCUUCAGAGUACGGUCCAGCACUCCAGUCCGAAUUGGUCUGGACCGAAUGGACUUCUCAGUGGCCGAUGCCCUCAAUCAAGAGUUCCUGACCACCCGAAGCAAUGAGAAGGCUGAAAUGCAGGAACUGAACGACCGCUUUGCCAGCUUCAUAGAAAAGGUUCGAUACCUGGAGCAGCAAAAUGCAGUGCUGGUCACAGAGAUCAACCAAGCCAAGUCCAAGGAGCCCACCAGGGCAGCAGAUCUGUGCCAACAAGAGCUCAGGGAGCUCCGCAGACAGCUGGAUCUCUUAGGCAAGGACAGGGACCACAUUCAGGUGGAGAGAGACAACCUGGCAGAAGACCUGAACCUGCUUAAGCAAAGGCUGGACGAAGAAAUGCACAAAAGAGAAGAUGCAGAGAAUAACCUUGUUCUGUUCAGAAAGGAUGUGGAUGAUGCAACCUUGUCUCGUCUAGAGCUAGAAAGAAAAAUUGAGUCCCUAAUGGAUGAAAUUGAAUUCCUGAAGAAACUUCAUGAGGAGGAACUUCAAGAUGCGCAAGUGUCAGUGCAGACUUCAACCGUACGCAUGGAAAUUGAAGCUACAAAGCAGCCAGAUCUCACAUCUGCGCUUCGUGAUAUUCGUAGCCAAUAUGAGAACAUUGCUGCCAAGAAUCUACACGAAUCUGAGGAAUGGUACAAAUCUAAGUUUACCGACCUGUCAGAUGCUGCAACCCGCAAUAAUGAAGCAUUGCGUCAGGCCAAGCAGGAGAUGAAUGAAUCACGACGACAGGUCCAGAGAUUGACUAGUGAGGUCGAUGGGCUGAAAGGAACAAAUGAAGCUCUGCUGCGUCAGAUGAAGGACAUGGAGGAACAGUUUGGGUUUGAAACAGCAAAUUACCAGGAUAAUAUUGGACGACUAGAACAGGAGGUGCAGCAUUUGAAGGAAGAAAUGUCACGUCACUUGAGGGAAUACCAAGACCUGCUCAAUGUUAAAAUGGCAUUAGAUAUUGAGAUUGCAACCUACAGAAAACUCCUUGAAGGCGAAGAAAGCAGGAUUACUGUCCCCAUUCACUCAAUGACAUCUUAUAGUAUGAGAAGUCCAGGACCUGCUGAAUUAGAUCACAGCUCUGAGACUCACACCAGGAAAACUGUUGUCAUUAAAACUAUCGAGACAAGAGAUGGAGAGCAGGUGGUGACUGAAUCCAGGAAGGAUCAACCAUCUGAGGAUGAGAAGUAAAAUGCUACUUGUCAGUUAAAGAGAAGAAAGGUCCUAACACCUCUAAAUACCCUAAGCCUAGACCAAGGAGCGGCCUGUGCUAUUUAAGUGACUUUCAUUUUGGUUUGAGUAUCUUAUGUACAAGGUUCAGGUUUAUCAAUAUCCAUUCACUUACAUCAUGGUAAACCAUCUCUUAAGUGCCUGUGUCCCAGACUGUGAUGUUACCUAUUACCUAUUUUCUAUUCAAAUGCCUUCUGAAACUUUGUGCAAAAAUGUAAUAUCUUCACAAUCAAUAUAUUACCUAGGCCUGUACCAUCAUAGUGAAAUAACCAACCAUUUGAUCAGUCUACAUAUAUUGACACGUGUGGAGUGAUAUUCUGUUGGCAUAUGUACUAGGGAAAAGGUAAUCAUUUGCCAUUUGUUAAAUUAUACAAACAUAGCAGGUUGUUCUGUGAUUAGCAUUAUUAUUUACCUGUGCUGGCCUUUCCUGCCCCCUUGUUGAAGUACACUUGAAUGUCAAGCUUGCUGGUCAGUUUUGAGCUAUAACUGCUGCUCAAGACAAGAAAAUUGUUAAAGAUAUGAUAGCUGUAAAGCGACUUUGGUGCUAUACAAUCCAUGCCCGUUUGUACUGGUUGGGACACUACCCGUAUGCCUUGUAGCAGUGUACAUGUGCCAUGUCUGCUUAACCAGCUAAUAAAAUAAUUGCAGCAAUCAAACAAA